AUGACCCGGUGGAGCCGCGAGGAGCCGCGAGGAGCACAACAGUCCUCUCUAACGAAUGAAAGGAUGGGGGGCAUCAGCAGCAGCUGAACGCUGAGGAACUGGAUCAGGGUCCGAGGGGAUAGAACUGCUUUCUGUUUAGUCUUGGGUGAAGUUUGUUGGAUUUAUUUCCCGGUCCACACCAACAUGCCAUUUGUUAAACGAGUCGUGGAACCUCAGUUACUGUGCAGGUAUCAAAUCCCAAAUGAGGGGGGUCUGCUUUUCGAGGAUCUGGUCUCCAUCAGUAAUGUGGCUCUAUCUCGGACCCUACGGCAGCUGUCCGACCUGGCCAGACAUGCCUGCUCCAUAUUCCAGGAGCUGGAGAACGACCUCACAUCCACCAACCUGCGGGUCAGGGGGCUGCAGAGUAAGAUUAACCAACUUCAGCAGAUCUGCUCCGAGCUGGACCCCAAAAAGGAGGCAGUGCCGGUGUCAAACCUGGAUGUGGAGAGUAAGCUGACAGCACAUUACCAAGCUCCCUGGCAUCAACAGAGGAAUGUUUUCCACCCUUCCAUGCGGCCAGCAUGUGUAGAAGAGCUCCACAGACAAGCCAACCUCAGCCUGUGGGCCCUGCAUGGAGAUCACCAGAGGCGCCAAUCAGGCGGCAGGGAGCGGAGAGUAACCAUCUCAAUCUCAGCUGUGCCCCCGAUGCCCAUGUACCCCAAGAUGGGCACAGAUUUGACAACGUUUGAAUCCACCCGCUCCUCCUCCCCCACCGAAUGUUGCCACCUCUCUCCCUGGAGCAGAAAGGCUGCACCCUCUGACCCCGACACUGAUGGGGUGGCUCUAGGUCACCGGUCUAAGCUUCCCAUCCCUAACAUCCCCUCCACCCUGGACAAGCAGACUAACUGGUCUAAAGCCCUGCCACUGCCCACCCCAGAGGAAAGAAUGAAAAGCAAUUCCCAAGUCAUCACCUCAUGUGUCAUCCCCAUUAAUGUGACUGGGGUCGGCUUUGACAGAGCUGCUAGUGUGCGUUGCUCGCUUGUCCACUCGCAGUCUUUGCUUCAGAGGAGGAGGAAGCUGAGGAGGCGGAGAACCGUGGCUGGCAUUCCCAGACAGGUGCAGCUAGAUUUGGACUCAGAUGACUCUCCUGCUUCCAGAGAGCGGACAGUGAUAGUUCACUCCAGUCCUGAUAUCACACCCUCCAAUGACGAGCUGACCAGCCAUCUCACCACCAGAGACUCGGGUUGCCAGACAGAAGACUUUGUGAUUUUAGGAGCACCAUCUCGGAGAAAGAUCAGGGCACAGAGAGUCCAGGGAGUCUCCCUCUGCCUCUCCCGCUCUGCAGGCAACAUCUCCUCCCUGCCGGACACUACCAGCACCAUGUUCACUGCCUCUGUAGGCACUCGCCUGCGCUCCCAGAGCCUGCCCCGAGAUGGGAGCCGGAUAAUGGACAACGGCCAUAAUGACAGUGAUGAUGAGGAGGAGCUGUCCCCCUUUGACACUGAGGACUUCCUGCCUGGACCUGGGGAGAUGAUUCUGAAGGAUGAAGAGGAGAGCACAGACGACCAGGCCGUGUCUGAACACCAACUGGGCCUGAAGUACAAACAGCUGUCAGAGAGUGCAGAGCGCAGCUGGAUGGAGAGGAACAGAUCCCAGCUCCCCAGGAAGACCGACAUGGGCAGCUGUGACAUCUCAUCCAGUUCAGACACAUUCAGUAGCCCCGUCCACUCCGUCUCAGCUGCGGGGGGACUGGGAGGCCAGAUGGACCAUAAGGAGGAUCACCAGUCCUCUAGUGGGAACUGGAGUGGGAGUAGCUCCACCUGCCCCUCACAAACGUCUGAAACACUCCCCCCUGCGGCCUCUCCACUGCUGACAGGCUCCUCACACUGUGACUCUGAGCUCUCCCUAAACACUGCCACUCACACCAAUGAUGAUCAGAGCGGCUUCAUGCUGGACCACUACCAGGGCCUCAGGACCUACCGGGCCAGCUCCUUCUCCUCCACAGCUAUGGACAUAUUGGAGGAAGUAGGGGUCAGCACUCCCUCAGAGGGGGAGUGGAGUUACCCCCACCCAGAGCCUCCUCACUCACAGGACUUCAGCCCUGAGCCAAGCAGAGAGGCUGAGAGCAGCCUGGGCUGCCCCAGCUUCACCAGCAUGGCCACCUGUGAGAGCAGCUACUCUGACAAGCCACUGUCAGAGAAGGCAGACACCGUCUCACACUAUUCUGUAGACACUGAAGGGUACUAUACCUCUAUGCACUUUGACUGCGGUCUGAAAGGUAGCAAAAGCUUCACUUACAACUAUGCAGCCUCCACCUCUGACUGUGGCUUAAACAUGACCCUCGGCAGACGUUGCCUCUCUUUACGGAAACCAAAGGUGAAGCCGUGUCCACCUAAGAGGAGUUCAUCCUUAAGGAAGAUAUGCAGUGAGGGAAACAUCCCUGACAAGAAAGAACCAAAGAUUACAUGUGGGCAACAACUUCCACCGUCUUCCAAGGAGAGGAAAUUGCAGCUGGCUUUGUCUGGAUCUCAGGGUCAUAUAGAAAACAGUUGGGGGUGUGAAGGCUCAGCCGAGCUACCUGACUUAGGUGCGUUUAGCUCCACUGAUGCACAUUCAUUUAAGGAUGAAGGGGUUGUACAGUCAGACUAUGCAGAUUUGUGGCUUCUGAAUGAUUUAAAAUCCAGCGAUCCAUAUCGAUCUUUAUCAAACUCCAGUACAGCUACUGGCACAACUGUUAUCGAAUGCAUCAAGUCGCAGGAAAGCUCCGAGUCACAGAUAUCCCAGUCCGGCUCCAGAGCCACCACCCCCUCACUUCCAUUAGUAGAGGGAGACUUCAAGCUAACGUCUCCAGAGAAGCUAGCAGGUCUUGCAAGUCCAUCGAGCGGCUACUCCAGUCAGUCAGAAACCCCGACCUCCUCAUUCCCUUCCACCUUUUUUCCUGGACCGCUGUCACCAUCCAUCGGCAAGAAGAAGCCCAAAGUUCCAGAGAGGAAGUCGUCUCUUCCGUCAGUGUCCUGCAGCAAUGGUGCCACCUCGAAGAGAGACCUGGAGUUGCCAAUAAUCCCUCCCUCCCACCUCGAUUUAAAUGCCCUUCAUAAUGUCGGCAACAAGGCCUCAGCUUGCAGGAAUCAGAUUCAAAUACUUCUCCAAAACAAACAACAAGCUGCAGUGUCAAGCAGACCUGUAGAGGUCUCCUAUGCCCAUUCCAUGUCUAUCACCCCCACAGUGCUGCGCUCAGUACAGCUCCGACCCAUCACUAAGGAACUUGAAGGAAGUCAGGAGGACAAAACAACUUCCAGACUAACAUGUCUCACUAUGAACUCAACAAGCCCACUAUCCAGUAGUAAAUCAUUAGAACUUCAGAGUUCAGCGUUACACAACUCACAUCAUCAUCACACAUCUGUGGACUCAGUGUUUACCUCAAACGAAGAGUUUUCAGGUAGAGAAGCAGCAUGUCAGAGUGAAACCAGGACCAAGCAGGAGAGAGAGGCUCUUUCAGAGAGUAUGACAGGAUUCAGACUGCAGUCAGAGCUGUCAGUCCCUGAGAGGACCACUAGACAUGAAGGAGACACAUGCAAAGCAUCAGUAGAAACAGCCGUCUGCUCUGUAGACCCUAGCUCACAGCCAGAGCCUUUACAUCAGCUGGGACCUGAGCCACCUGAAGAACAGACGUGCUCUGCUCCAUCUCUCCUGCACAGUUCACUUGAAAGCUCCAGCAGUCUUGAUGAAGUGCCUGCUACUGAUGGCCAGUCAGAGUUGUUGCAAGAGAGUCCAGUCAGCAAUGAAGGAAGGAAAGAUGAGGAAUGUGAGUCAUCAGGUGUUUCAGCCCAAAGUGCCUCUCAGAAUGGCAAGGGGGAGUCCCCCCCAGAGACCGAGGAGUAUUUCAGUAAAGACUCUACACCCAGUGAUGAUGUGGGGUCCCCAAUGACUGAUGAGUCAAGGCCAGAGGAUGACAGUGUGUUUCUGUCGCCCACCAAAGCUCGCACCACUGAGGACCUGUUUGCUAUGAUACACAGGUCCAAAAGGAAAGUGUUGGGUAGAAAGGACUCCGCUGAGUUGGGUGUGAAGAACCGCCUCAGUGCUGCAUCAGGGAACACACCACCCAGCAGCACUGUGAGUUCUCCAGUCUCACUGGUAUCACCCUCCUCCUCCACUGGGACCCCACCAGGCCUGCAGAGAGUCUCCGGGCCCAUCUACAGGAAUGCAAAGAAGUCCAGCACCUCCAACGAGGAGUUCAAGCUGCUGCUACUUAAAAAGGGCAGCCGCUCAGACUCUAGUUACCGCAUGUCAGCUACAGAGAUCCUUAAGAGCCCCAUCACUCCUAAAUCACCUGUAGAUUCUCUAAUGGAGUCAGACAGACACCCAGAGGAGCUUGCCUCUCCUCUGCUAGAACAGCAGCAUCAUUCAGGGCCUGAUCAGCUCUCCAGCGCCUACCCUAAAGCCAAUACUGAGGGCUUCUCCCCAAAAUCCUUCCCCACGUUUGCUGCUUCCAGACAGGGUCGUUCCAGGAUCCCCCCACCUGCCAGCAGCAGCCGCUACAGCAUGCGCAGCAGACUGUACUCGGCACCCAUGCAAGCCAUCUCUGAGGGCGAGGGCGAGAACUCAGACGGAAGCCCUCAUGAUGACCACUCAUCACAGGGCUCCAUGUAGAAAACUGUUUUUGUUAACAGUUUACAGGUAAAACACAUGGACCAGAAUGAGCUAUAAAAUAUGAGAUGUGGUGAGAGCAGGAGCACCGAUGAGCCUAAUUUGGUAUCCAGAACACUAGAGAUAAACCAUGUUGGUAUAAAAAACAUCCAUCGUAAAUCUCUAGUUGUCUUUUUUCCUGGGAACACUUUAACCAAACGUCUGUUAAAAAUAUUUCAUACACACUGUAUUUCUUAAACAAAAAACAUGUUCAUGAACUGAACAGUUAGAAUUAGAAACACUAUAAUAGGAUUAUUUAAUCUGUAACUUGUACAAAAAUAUGAUUUAAGAACCGAGAUUACAGGAAAACAUUAUUCUACUUCAGUUCCACAGGGAAAAAAGACAGGAUUAGUGGUUAAAAAACUAUUAUUUAGUUAGUUUAUGGUACAUUAUCCAAAGUCAUAGGCAAAAUCCUGUAGACUGCCUUGCUUCAGCCCCACUAUACAGUUUAUUAAUGUUUAAUCUUAACUGUUCUGCUGUCAGAUUUUUCUUGACAUUUUUUAUCAGUACCUUGUAGAAGACCAUAUGUAUUCUAUGAAUACUUAUGCAGUUAGACACAAUUUGAUCACUUCCUUGAGCCGGGAUUAUGUUAAGACCCCAUCUGAGCAACAGGAGUAAUACUGUGUGAGAAGAUAAAAAUAUGACAUCGCUUCAUUGGGUGUAAUGACUUUAUAUAUUGUAUUCAGUCCUUUAUAGUAAAUAAUAUCAAAACUAGCUUAUUACUGCAACAUUUUAAGAUUCUCAAUGCAAUAAGAUGAGCAGAGGUGAGACAGGCAACGUCCGAGCCCAGCAUUGACUUGACAAUCGCGGGAGACAAGGUGUGAGCAGGUGUUAACAUGGGAGAUGAAAAAGUGAUCAAACCGUUGGAGGCAGUGAUAAGGGAGAAUGGUAGAAGACUAAGAGAAGUCAUAUAUUUAAAAACAAAAAAGUACUAAUGGUCAUUUCCAGUUUGCUGACUUGAUGGGUCUAUGAAUUGUGGAAAGAGGCAAGUGGAACGUGUUCAGGAGGAUCAAAUAUGCCUUACUUCACUCAACAGGAGACACUAAGCCACAAAGCAGCUUUGGGCCUCAACAAGUUGAGUGUUUUUGUGAGAUUUUUCAGUUUUGAUGGAGGAUGUAGGGUUAAAUAUGGAGCCGGAUUAUCCUCUGUGAUGAAAAGGAGUUCUGGAUUCAGUGAUGUGGCAUUUGCUGCUUUUCUGUACCAAAUGCUAGUCCUGUUUGAUCCCGAUCAAAAAAUGUUAAUAUUUUCUGAUUCGCAACACUCUAAACAUAUUUAUUUUUUAACUGACACAGAACAUCUCUGCACACUCCCUGACUUACACCCAUAAAUAACCUAAUAGUGAAAUCUUUUAAUGAAAGCAUACAAUGAAUUGCUGGUACUUUUAAUGACAUAUUUUAGUCCGAUGCUUAUUUUGUGUAUAAGAGAUAGGUUUUUAAAUCUAAUUUGAGACACUGGUUGCAGAGAAAAAUAGGAAAGCAACUAAUGUAAUGAAAUGUCAUUAAAAGACAGCAUAAACAGUCAUAAGCUAUAAGAGGUUGUAGUUGUAACCCUGGCAUUCUGAAGCAGUUUUUGUCCCACAGAUUCACAGUAAUUUUCUAAGUAAAUGGGGUUUAUUGCAGGGAUGGUACUCAACCAUUGUGUAGCCAUAUUACCCCAUUGGUACACGGUAAAUAGCAGCUUUACUUUGGCCUUAAUGAGACUCCACACUAAUGCAAUGAUGUAACAGGGUACACAUUGGGUUAUGUCUGUGAACCUUCAUUCCAUUUUUUUUGCACUGAUAAAGUGAUGUUCGUGAAGUUUGAUUAGUCUCUUGCUGUACCUGGAAAUAUUUAUAGACCUUUACAUGGAGCUGUUUGACUUUCCAUGAACAAUAUUCACAGUCUGCUUUAGGAGUGGAGUAGAUGCUUCUGCCAAAGGCUAGAACGUGGACAUGUUAGUGCUUUUAAUUUUCUCAUUUACUUGACUGAAGCAUGGACCGAUACUAAGGAAGAAUUACAGCGUAACGUAUGGUACUAGUGCAUUUCAUUUCAGAUCAGCCUCUCCAGUGUAUCCUAUAGGUAGAUGUCAGCUUUGUAUGUUUUUGUACAAACUUGUAAAUACAAUCACUUUUGUCACAAAGGCUAUCGAAACGUUUCUUAUGUAAAAAAAUAAAGUUUUUAAAGUUUACAUUAAUUUCAAAACUAUGUAUAUUUUUGAGCUGUGGAAGCCUUUAUCUUGUAUUUAUUUUUAGUAAGCAUUGUGGAAAACCCAUCGUAAAUCCUAUCAAAGCCAACUGCGAGCACAACAGGUUGCUCAGCAAAUGUGUGUAACAAGGCAA